GAGGAGACACUAUUGUUGAUGAGGAGCCGCGGCGGCGGCGGCGGCGGCUGCAUCACUUCGUCGCUGCCCGUCGCUGCCCGCGCGCCCCCUGGUCCCGAACUCGGGCUUCGUCACCCGCUCGCUGGCUCGGGCCUUCCCUCGGGCCCCGAGCAGCCGGUCCUCCCGCAGCCCAGCACCCCCGGCCGCCGUCUUUGGGGCGGGGGAGGGACCAUGUCCCAGCGGGUGAGGCGCAAUGGGUCUCCCACGCCCGCCGGCGCGCUCGCCGGUGGCGCGGUCGGCCCGGCCGGGGGCCCCGGGAGCCGCCUGCAGCCCAUGAGGGCGACGGUGCCGUUCCAGCUGAAGCAGCAGCAACAACAUGGCAGCCCCACGCGGGGCGGCGGCGGCGGCGGCGGCGGCAACAACGGAGGCAGCGGAGGCGCCUCAGGCCCCUCGGGUGGCGGCGGUGGCGGUGGCGGCGGUGGCGGCCCGCGCACCGCCUCACGCAGCACCAGCCCCACGCGCGGCGGCGGCAGCGGCGGCGGCGGCGCGGUGGCGCGCACCAGCCCCACGGUGGCCACGCAGACGGGCGCGUCCGUGACGUCCACGCGCGGCACGGCGCCUGGGUCCCGAAGCAGUCCUCCGCGACCGCAGCCGCCGCCGCCCCUGCUGGGCACCGUGUCGUCGCCCAGCUCGUCGCCCACCCACCUGUGGCCGAGCGAGGUGAGUGCGGCCCCACCCUCCGCCCGCGUCCGCCACCGGAGGAGGUCCCCAGAGCAGGGCCGGCCCUCGGCGGAGAAGAGGAGCCCCAGCGCCCCGGUGUGCAAAGCAGGUGACAAAACUCGCCCACCUUCCUCAAGCCCCUCCAGUAUCAUCCGACGCACAUCCUCCCUGGAUACCCUCGCAGCUCCAUACCUUGCUGGACACUGGCCCCGAGACAGUCGUGGGCAAGCUGCACCCUGCAUGAGGGACAAGGCCACACAGACCGAGAGUGCAUGGGCUGAAGAAUAUGAAAAGAAGAAAGGGUCUCAUAAGCGCUCGUCAUCCUGGGGCAGUACAGAACAGCUUAAAGAGAUUGCAAAAUUACGCCAGCAACUGCAGAGAAGCAAACACAGCAGCCGUCACCAUCGAGAUAAAGAAAGGCAAUCUCCAUUCCAUGGCAACCAUGCAGCUAUUAACCAGAGCCAGGCUCCUGCUCCAAAAAGCACGCUCAAUCCUGCUGGCCCCAUCACCAAGUCGUCAGGUUCAAGGUUCCGGAACAGCGUGGAAGGGCUGAACCAGGAGAUUGAGAUCAUCAUUAAAGAGACCGGGGAGAAGGAAGAACAGCUAAUUCCACAAGAUAUUCCAGACGGUCAUCGUGCGCCUCCGCCCCUCGCACAGAGAAGCAGUAGCACACGCAGCAUUGACACACAGACCCCUGGGGGUGCAGACAAGGGAAGCAACGACAGCAGCCGCUCUCAGUCUGUGUCCCCCACAUCCUUCCUCACCAUCUCUAAUGAAGGCAGCGAGGAGAGUCCCUGUUCAGCUGACGACCUGCUUGCCGAUCCUAGAGAGAAAGAGAAUGGAAACAACUCUCCUUUGCCAAAAUAUGCAACCUCACCAAAACCUAAUAACAGUUACAUGUUCAAAAGGGAACCUCCAGAGGGCUGUGAAAGGGUCAAAGUCUUUGAGGAGUGCUCGCCAAAACAACUUCAUGAGAUUCCAGCCUUUUACUGUCCUGACAAAAACAAGGUGAAUUUCAUUCCUAAAAGUGGCUCUGCUUUCUGCCUCGUGAGUAUCCUCAAACCACUUCUUCCUACACCAGAUCUCACCCUCAAGGGCUCUGGGCACAGCCUGACCGUCACCACUGGCAUGACCACCACUUUGCUCCAGCCCAUCUCUAUGGCCUCCCUGUCUACAAACACGGAGCAAGACCGGGUUUCUCGAGGAACCAGUACAGUCCUGCCGUCCGCCUCCCUCCAUGCACCACCAGAACCCAUUGAGGAAGCUGAGGGAUAGGGCUCAGCUUGAGCUAUGGGUGCUGGGAGUUAAGAACCCUGCGGAUCACCUGACUGUGAUGGUAUCGUGUCCUUCCGGUUGGCUGUGAGGUGCUUUGGCUUUCCAGUGAGGUGUGACAGCAAGGCUCCUGGAAGAACUCGUGGUCCCCUGAGUGUUCUGCCCUGCGCAUGAAGGCCACCGACGACGUGCUUCACCUACUUGGCCUUGAAGCACUAGCUGAAACCUGAAAGGUCUCUUCUUUACUUUUGGAAGAACAAAAUCACAUUUUCAUUUGUUUCAAAUUAGACUUGUUUAAAAACAAAACAAACACACACAAAACCGGAUCCCUGCAAACAUGAUUUCUGAAGGGAGAUGUGAUUGAUGCUGCAAGUAAAUCAUCUUUUAUAUGAAAACGACUAUUUUAUAAUACCAAUGUCACAUUUUCUGAAAGUAACAAACAGGAUGUUCCAAUGAUCCUUUGGUGGCCUCUGUUUCUUGUUUCCUUUUUCUAGAUAUUGCUUUUCUCGGCUGUUUUCAGCUUUGGGACCAAAGGGAUUGUUGACAUUUCCCCAGCAAUGUCAAUCUCAUGACUGUGCUCCUCUCCCAAGUAAGAAUCGAUAGGUAAUGCAUUGAACCAAGUAUAUAUAAAAAGAUAAAAAGCAAUAUUCGUACAUUAUGUGAUUUAUGUUUUUUUGAUGUCAACAGUUUGUGAUUUGAGUGAAGUAUUUGUAACUGCUGUUUUCUGCACUACUCCUGUCCACACUUCACCGUGUGGUCAGUCAGUCUGAAGACAGGUUGCUUUAACAGUCAGUGAGCCAAAAGAAACUCUGAAGUGUGGAUUGUUAGCUAGGAGUAUGGAGCUCUCUGGUCUUCUGUGAGCUGUGUUUCCCGUGGUUGCCCUCCCUUGCCGGCUGUCAGUCUAACUUUGAUCAUCACUGUAUCAUAUAUCCCCAAGAGACCCUGAAAGGCUGUGCAUGGAUUCCCUCCUCUGCUUCCGUGGUGGUGUUGUCUUGUGGAUUUGGUCAGGGUUAGUAGUUUGCCAGGAGUGUGAUCCUUUGAGUAGCAAUUGGGAGCCGCAGAAUCUUGAGGACUGACUGUUUCUUCAUGUGUUGACGCUGUGAUUUGCUACUUACAGAUUUUGCUAGUUUCUUCUCCAACAUUCCACACACUGGGGAAAAAGAUGAGAGGUUUGGAGCUUAGAUGACAGGCACCUUUGGAAAGUCUGUACAGUUUUGGAUUUGAGCUCAUCUGGUAACCAUCGCCAGUAUCCCAUAUCAGUAUUUAAUUUCUAGGUGUGUGAUAAUAAAAUUAAGGAGCUGCUCUUUAGAAAUGAAUUCCAUCAGUGUUGACAAAGCAUUGUCUUAAUACAUGCUAACUUCUGCUGCUGUGUACAACAGGUGGGUGGCAAGCCCUGUAUGAGAGGGCUACAAUUUUGAAGGCGAAUUCCAUCCACUGGUCCAGUCAUUCCAUCAAGAGAAACCAAGAGGUAGCCAUUCAUUUUCUUGGCAAGGUAUUUAUCACCUUAGAACACUUAGGCAGUCUAAAGUAGGCUCUGCUUAAUCUUAAGGAAGGCUGUUUAGGUUAAUUGGAUAAAUUCAGACAUCUGAGGAAAGUCCAUCAGUUUCUGCUUGGGAAGACUGAUACAUUUCGGUACUUUUGCCACCCAAAGCUUAACUUCCUGGGAAUUAGUAAAUCAUAGUUUCUUAGUCAGUAAAAGCCUCAGUUGUUUGGAGUAUAGGCUUUUUGGUUGGUGGUUGGGUUUUGUUUCUAGGUUUGAGGUUUUUUGUACCUUGAUUUUUCGCCUUGUUGGGCCUUUCGACUUUACCAUUUUACCAGUAUCAGAAGUACAGUAUCAGAAAGGCGACUGUCAGUCUGUUGAGUUCAUCUGAAGGGGAGAAGGAGGCGUUUAAAAGCAAGGGUUCUUGCUUUGUUUGUUUUUGAGAUGGCUUUUAUUAUGUAGCCCUGGCUGGCCUGGAACUUGCUUUGUAGACCAGGCUGGCCUGGCACUCAGAGAUGCCCGUCCCAAGUGCUGGGAUUAAGGGCAUGUGCUUAAGACACCAUGCUUGUCUUCAUUUUAAUCCUGUGAGUUCCCUCACUUGAAUGCUGUUAGUUGAUGUUCUUUUUCCUUUAUCUUAUACCAUCUCAGCUCUCAAUUUACAAAUAGAGUUACUCUGUAAUAGAUUUUUCCCUUUUCUGUUAUACUUGUUUGGCAGAUUGACAUCUCUCUGCCUUUACAUGUAUCCUUGAAGUAACACAGAGGGGGGCAGGUUUCAGGUCAGCAUCUGCUCCUAGAAGUAGAACUUUAGUCUGAGGUUUGGCUGGAAGAAGAUUGUAAAUUUGCAAGUAAAGGAAUUAUAUGGUGACCAAAUACUCCUGAGAUCUGAAGAAAAACAAAAAAGGUCUAUGUCCAAAAAAAAAAAAAAAAAAAAAAAAAAAAACCUCUAAACUGCCAGGGCCAAAGGGCUAAUUUUUAAGCAUAUGAGCUUUAUUGCAGUCGUAACCCAUAUUAACCGUAGAUCCACCUAGCUAUUUUAUUUAACUCUUAAUUCCCAGGUGCUUGGCUUUAAAAAUGGGUCUACUCUUAGUAGAGUGGGCAUGACUAAGUUGACAAGCCACACUCCAUAAUUAGGUUAUUCUGUAGAAACUGUACAGCAGUAGAAUAGCUUCAAUGCAAAUACAGUUUUUUUUUCCAGUGCUGGGGAUCAAACCCAGGGCCUCAUGCAUGCUGAGCAAGUGCUGUGUCGCUGGCUUAUUUCCCCAGUUCCUAACUUAAAUUUUUAAUUUAAAAAAAAAAAUUGUUCCAUUGCAGUAUAAGUGGGUGGCAUGUAUUUUUGGCUAAAGGCGCUAUUCCCUGGUUCCUGGCCCAUCUUAGUUAUACUUGACCCUCCCUGCAGUGAUAAACCUCAGGUUUAUUGCUUCUGACACGGUAAGUCUGUUACUUAUCACUGGUGUAUGGGCAGUUGUGUUUAAAAAACUAGUAGUUUUGCUUCCUUUGGUUAAAUAUGGUAUGACUGUCAUUUUUUUUCUAUACCAGAUUCUUCAGUUUUGUUUACCGUGUUUCUUACUUAGACUAGGACCAUAACCAAAUCUGCCUCUCUGUAGAUGCUGUUGCUAAUUGGGGUGUAUCUGGCAACAGAGAAAGGCUGCUUUUUAUUUUUAUUUUUUAAUGUUUUGAUUAAAGAAACAGUUGGCUUUUCCUAAAAGAAGGCCUAAAAGCAAUGGCACAAUGUAGAGCUUUCUCUGUCUGAGAUUUGAACUGAGAUCCUAAGGUUUUCUUUCAAGGAAACUAAAUUAAAAUUGCCACUACUAAAUUUGUAAAGUUGAGAUUCAUUCCUUAAUGUUGGGUGUGGGGUGUGUCAAAACUGGACCAAUGGAAGUGCUGAAUUUGCAAAAUAAAGCCAAGAUACAUAACUCUGCACUUUAAGGUUUCUGGUUACUCUGCCUUGAUUAGUGACCCCCGCAGAGUGGCUCUGAACAGUAUUUUGUUUAUACAAUCCUGUUGGAGAUAUAUAAUUUAUGUUUUUUAAACUCUGCAUCUUUGUCUCUGUUGAUGUAAAUCUUUUUUAAUGCAAUUUUUUAAAGUUAUAACAAAAUUCCCCCCCAAAAACAGCAUUUCCAGCGAUGAUAAGUAUUGUUGUUGUGGACUGUGUCCCUGCACCUGAGCACUUACUGCUUCGUCACAGGGAAUAGAACUUCCUAUGUUCAAAUAAAGUCUGUUGUUCUUGA